CCGAAGGGCGGGGGAGAGGCCCGGUUGCUGGCGCGACGAGUGUUGUUGUGGCGCCGGGUGCCUGUCAUGGCGGCAGCCGUCGAAGAGCAGAGCGUCAUGGAAGCCGAGGUCUCUGCCCCGGUGGCGGGCUCUUCCGAAGAGCCGGUGGGAGAGCUCCUGAGAGACUCCCUUCGCCUGCUGCCGGAGUUGGUGGGGCAGAUUAAUCUUGGAGAAGAUGUGGUGAAAAUUAACAUUGACUGGAGCAAGCUUCAAGCAGCAUCACCAGUUCAGCCUGUGCUGCUCUUUAGUGCUCUUCAGCAGCAUAUUUCAGCAUUACAGCCAUUUAUAGAGAAACUCCAGUCUUUGAUUAAAACAGAAAAUACCACACCCACUGAUGAUUCCAAUAAGACAGAAUGCAGACAGUGUGAAAUUAAUUCAAAUGUAAUGGAUAAAGAUGUGCAGAUAGAAGUGAAGCAGACAGCCUGUGGUUCUGACAACCUGAAAAUAACUCAUGUUGAUUUUGAUCCAGAAGUAGUCCAGAUAAAAGCUGGAAAAGCUGAGAUUGAAAGACGAAUAUUGGCCUUCAUUGAAAGGAAGCAAGCUGAGAUCAAUGAAAACAACGUCAGAGAAUUUUGCAAUGUUAUUGAUUGUAAUCAAGAAAACAGCUGUGCUAGGACUGAUGCAGUGUUCACGCCCUACCCAGGAUUCAAAAGUCAUGUGAAGGUUUCUCGGGUUGUAAAUACCUAUGGCCCACAGACUAGAAGUGAAAGCGCUUAUGGGUCCAGUCAUAAAAGCACUCUCUCCCGAGAUUGUGGGAAUCAAGCUGUAGAAGAGAGACUACAAAACAUUGAGACUCACCUAAGGUUACAAACAGGCAGACCAGUGCCUAAAGACAUUUAUCAAAGGAUAAAAAAGCUUGAAGAUAAAAUUCUUGAACUGGAAGGGAUGUCUCCUGAAUAUUUUCAGGCUAUGAAUUUGUCUGGCAAAAGAAGGAAAAUCCAGCAGAACCAAGACUAUUCUUUGGCUGAGCUUGAUAGAGAUCAAUGCACUUAA